AGUACAGUAGAUAGAGUAUCCAGCGCCAAGCAGAAAAAUAUGUGGUGGACAUUUUAUUUCUUGUAAAUAUGAAGAACUGAUCAGCAAGAUCUGUUAUGUUUAGGCUUCCUUCAUAACCCACAGAAUCAAGGUACUUAAUUUAUAGGCGCAUAUGUAUUUUUCUAGGGCUUUUUUGUCAAGUUUGUUUACGUAACGUUAGCCAGUUAGCAGCUAGUUGACGGGCCUAGCAAGCAGUAGAGUAGCGAGUGCUUGAGUGCUAGCUAACUAGCUUAAGCAAGAAUGAAUCUUAAUGUGGUGAUGUGAAUUCGUUAAAUUGGCUCGUUGCAACGUAAAACGGCGACAGUUCAUCUGAGGAAAACAUAUAACUCAUCAAGCCCAGGAUGGAGAGACCCCCGUUCAAGCAGAAUCAAGUGUGUGGACAAUGGGAAAUGAAGGAGAGGUUGGGGACUGGAGGAUUUGGUCAUGUGUAUUUGUAUCAGCAUCAGGAAAGCUCGGAGAAAAUCGCAGUGAAACUGUGUCGUCUUGAACUGACGCCAAAGAACAAAGAUAGAUGGAGCCGUGAAAUUCAGAUCAUGCAAAAGUUGGAUCACCUAAAUGUGGUAACGGCCAGGGAUGUGCCGGACGAAAUGAAACACAUUGCUUUGAAUGAUCUUCCGCUUCUGGCAAUGGAGUACUGCUCCAAGGGAGACCUGCGAAAAAUCUUGAGCAGGCCUGAAAAUUGCUGUGGAAUGAUGGAAAGUGAAGUUCUGUCCUUACUCAGUGAUGUCGGUGCAGGCAUUCAGUAUCUACAUGCGAACAAAAUUAUCCACAGAGAUCUAAAACCAGAGAACAUUGUGCUACAGGACAUGAAUGGAAAGUUGGUUCACAAGAUAAUCGAUUUGGGUUAUGCCAAAGACCUUGAUCAGGGGAGCCUUUGCACAUCCUUUGUGGGAACAUUACAGUACUUGGCCCCUGAGCUGUUCGAGAACAAGCCUUACACGGUGACUGUAGACUACUGGAGCUUCGGCACCAUGAUCUUUGAAUGUAGCUGCGGUUUCCGUCCAUUUUUGCACAAUCUUCAGCCUGUGCAAUGGACCAGUAGAGUGCGCACCAAAGGCCCAAAAGACAUCAUGGCUGUGGAAGAGAUGAACGGGGAAAUCCGCUUUUCUACCCACCUACCGUACCCUAACAAUCUGAGCAGGACGCUGCUGGAGCCCCUGGAGUUUCUGUUGCAGUUGAUGCUGAAAUGGGACCCAGCGCAGAGGGGUGGAGGAAUCCACUCAGGGGCCCAACAACCACAAUGCUUUACGGUUCUGGAUCAGAUAUUGAACAUGAAGGUUGUGCACAUAUUGAACAUGACUACUGCCCAGAUCCACUCGCUUCAACUGACGCCCGACGAGAGUCUGCACAGCCUGCAGCAGCGCAUUGAAGCCGAGACCAAGAUCGAGCUGCUGAACCAAGAGCUGCUGCAAGAGACCGGCGUUAUGCUGGACCCCAGGAAGCCUGCCGCCCAGUGUGUCCUCGAUGGAGUCAGGGGCUGGGACAGCUACAUUGUCUUUUUAUUCGACAAGAGCCUGACAAAAUAUUCAGGACCAUUCACUGCCAGACAACUUCCAGAUAAGGUCAAUUUCAUUGUGCGGGAAACCAAGACCCAGUUACCCCUGACCACCCUGAAAAAAGUGUGGGGGCAGGCGGUGAGUUACAUCUGUGGACUGAAGGAGGACUACAGCCGUCUGUUCCAGGGCCAGAGAGCAGCCAUGCUGAGUCUUCUCCGUUACAAUACCAACCUCACCAGAUGCAAGAACAUGAUGUUUGCUGCCUCGCAGCAGCUAAAGGCCAAGCUGGACUUCUUCAAGAGCAGCAUCCAGUAUGACUUGGAUAAGUACAGCGAUCAGAUGCACUACGGGAUAUCCUCUGAGAAGAUGCUGAAAGCAUGGCAGGACAAUGAAGAGAAGGCAGCUGCAUUUGCACAGGUGGCAGAGGUCAACCAUUUGGACGAUGAGAUCAUGUCCCUCCACUCGGAGAUCGUGGAGCUGCAGCGGAGCCCGUACGCACGUCGCCAAGGAGACGUCAUGGAGCAGCUAGAGGGAAAGGCAAUAGAACUCUACAAGGAACUGAAGAUAAGAUGUCGAAAUCCACCCCCAGUGCCCGAACCUCAGCAUGGCUACAGCGAUAGUUCUGAAAUGGUGAAGGCCAUCUUGCAGACCGUGCAGAACCAAGACAGAGUUCUGAGGGACCUCUAUGCACACCUCAGUAAAAUCUUAAUCAGCAAGCAGAAGAUAAUCGACCUGUUCCCCAGGAUUGAGAAAACUCUGGACAGCAUUAAAGAGGCUGACGGCACUGUUGUGCAGAUGCAAAUAAAGAGGCAGAGAGAGUUUUGGCAUUUACUGAAGAUUGCCUGUGCUCAGAACUCUACACGGAACUCCAUCACUGCCAGCCCUGAGGCAUCCAGCGCCCCCCAGCUUUCAGCCUGGACACAGCCUGCCCAGCCUGUCAGCAACCCCCAUCCUCUCAUGUCCUUACCUGGGCCAAACGACAGUGACGCUGUGCCUCGUUUGCUUGAGGAGAACCAGAGGUACCUGAGCCAACUUAGCAGUUUGAUACAGGAAACCACUGAGGAGCAAUCAAAAAGUAUUGUGGAUCAGGAUUGGAGCUGGACUAAGUAUGACUGUCAGUCAGUGAAACUACAAAACGUAUAACCGACCAGCCUUCAGUGUCUUGGUCUGUUUGUGUGGUAACACUAAUGGAGUUUGAUGUAAAGCCUGGUUACCAACAUUAGCUGAAUGUUUUCAUAGAAAAAUACUCAUAUAUUUCUAUGGAAAUUUCUAUCUGUGAUGUUCUGUUCAACUUCCACAAGUUGCAUUGCCAAGUUGUAAGUUCUGUCAUGCAAUAUCACAUGGACACUUGCUAUUAUAGGUGUCAUUUCAUUUACUGAAUUGAGCAAGUAUGAAGGAAAAUAUAAAAACAUGUUGUAUAAUUGUUUUUCCCUGUUUUUCUUUAUAUUUUCUUUUGGUGAAAAGUUCAUUCUUCCCCAUCUGUAGACUUUAAAAAAGAAUUAUCAUAUAUUUAGAUGAAACUGACAUCCAUAGAUUAUGUAAGAGUUGUGUAAAGGAUUUUAAUGUCUGUAAACUGCACUUUAUUGGCUUACAAGGAACCCAGUGGUAUCCCUUUGUUUAAACAAACCAUGAGUUGAGGUUAUUUCAGUCUGUGAAAUCUGUUUUUUUUUUAAAGAUUUAAUACCGUUUGUCAUUUAUAUCUUUGAAUUUUUGGUCAGAAUAUAUAUUACUUGAAUUCCCCAUUUUAUUUUAUUUGUACAUACUGUAACUGUCAAAUAUUUGUCAAAUAUAUAAUUACACAUAUUUAUUUUUAAUUUCAUUGAUUAGUUUGAAAACGUAUCAUCCAGAUUUUCUUUUUUAAAUAAGCCACAGAUUUAAAUCGUGUUAGAUUUUGCUCAAUUAGUUGCACCAUGCACAGUCCACAAUAUAACAUAGCAGUAUGCAGUGGAUACAGUUUAUUAAAUGUUUUCUGGGUGUGGUAAACUAAUGGAUCUGCAAGAAGACCAUGGAUCAUUGAAUUGAAUUAAAAGGAUUGCACUGUACAUAUAUUUUGUUUCAAAAUAUAAUUAGACAGUAAAAAGAUGAAUGUUUGAUAGGAAGGACUGGUGUAAGUGCUAGCUGGAAUCUUCAUUUGUAACAUAUUACAAGAAUGACUGAAGUGCAGUUUUAUUUUUUGUAUAUUUUCCUAGAUUAUCACAUAUGAAUAUGCCUAUUUCCCAAAUUCAGUUGGAUUUGUUUGUGUAUUUGAUGGAUCUCCAGGUUUAUUCACACUUCAGUUGUGCUUUUCUGUUGUGGUGAUCAUUAUGACAUGAUUCUUUGAGUGUAAUCAUAAGUCAGAAUGAGUAUGUUGCCUUGUAGUUUUAAAAGACCACAGCAUAUGAUUUUAAACAUUUUUCUCAAGUGCAAUGUAAAGCAUGUAGAGUACAAAAAGUGUACAAUUCUAGGCUUUUAAUGGGUCAAUCAGAAUUACCUGAAAUGUUCAUUUUUAUAUAUCCCAUAAAUGACUGUACUGUAUAGAGCUCAAAUGUAUGUAAAGAUAAUACAAUAAAGUGUGCCACCGAA